AGGUAUUAACUAUUCGCUUUUUCACCAGACAGAUGCCAAAAAUAAAAUAGGAAUCGAAAUCGCACGUACAGCUUCCAUGUGCCUGAGACGUUUCAGACGGUUGUCGUUACCUAUGAUGCAGUUCUACGGUAGGCCGUGCACAACGGAGACUUCAAGACGCUCAGCCCAACCCAACUAGACUGGCUUACUGUGCCGAUUCUGAGUGGUAUCGUCAAAGAUGUUGAAGAUUCGUGUAACGAUGUUCAUCGCCUUCCAACGCGCGUUAGCUCAGGCGUCUGCCUCAAAUGUUCAGGUUCUACGACUUCCAAGCGCCAUAGUGCAUUCACACCAUGGCCACGAGAUCAUUCUUGACCUGAUAAAGUCUCUCCGGGGGACCUCGGAGCUGACUAUCUGUCGAAAACAGUUUCAUCGGUUUGGUAUCGAGUUUGUGAUGACCAGUGUUGCGUUCACAAGAGUCAUCAACCUCGCCGCUCGGGCUGGAACCCCUGCCGAUCUCAUGCUCUUCGCGACGCACCUACAUCGCGCGUGCUACGCUUGUGACGCGCCUGCAAUCAUCGAGCUCUACUCCAAAAAUUUCUUGUGGGACUCAGUGACCGCGUGCGAAUUGCGGGCGGUCGCAUGGGCAGCCUACUACAUCCCACCAACGUCCUCCGGACACAGAUGGGAAAGCCCCGGAGAUGCUGAAGUGCAUGCCCGCUUCGGAGAUGGACAUCUCAGUUGGCGAGAUGGGAGAGACAGGGACCAUCGGGACCGAACUAUCAUGACCCGCUCCGGCAACUGCACUUUAUCCACCGUUCACAUAGGAUCGUCACUAGAUAUCAAGACCGUAAUCACUGACAACCGGAAAUCAGAUUGGUGAACACGCUGGUGCACCACAAUAACGGAUACCAUGGGACUGAUAUAAGGGCCCGCCUCAACUGAGUCACAUCCCUGGCAGGUGGUCGCUCGGAAACUGUGGACUUGAAAAAAAAUUAUGUCUACCUGCGCUACC